AUGACUAACCAUGCGAAUCCGAUUCAAACCUGCGAAUGGAGAUGCCUCAAAUGCCGAUCCAUUCCAUGGAAUUGUGAAGAGUGGGUUCUAAAUCGUAGCAAAGCGGUCUUGGAGCGCGACACGUCGCUUCACCUUAAUCACUACGACUCCUCGGUUGAUUUGGAGGAAUCGGCUGCCGCUGGAUGUGGUCUCUGCAUCAAUCUGAGAGCCCGAGUCCUCCACUGGUUACCAAACCUGGACGAGCUACCCAGUGGUCUGUGCAAGCUCUGGUUCUUUAGAGGAAAAGAGCUUUUCUUCCAGAUUGGUGACGACUAUCGUCAAGAGUUCUUCCAAGACUUGGCUUGGUCAAAAUCGGCUACAUGGCUUCAAGAGUGGGAUGGCACGCCUGGACCCGCGCCCUCACCAAGGUCCUUCUCGCCAGAAACGGUAAACGAGGAUGUGAAAAACCUCGUACAGGACUCGAUAAAACCAUGGUUCAACGACUGUAUCAACGGUAAUCGAAUUCAUCGCAAAUGCAAGCAAGGGUUCAAAAUGGACAGAAUAGGUGCCAUGCCCAAGCGGUUGAUCGACGUCGGAGAUGAUCAAGGUCCAAAUGCUAGGCUCAUCAUAUCGUCCGAGGAAUUCGGUCAAAUUCCUUCUCAAGCCGACCAGAUCAAGUACUUGAUACUCAGCUAUUGCUGGGGCACUGGCAAUGAUCCAGCAAAGACAACUCGGGCGAAUCUCUCAGCUCGCCUGAAGCACAUCGAUGAAAAAGUGUUACCAAAGACCAUACAAGACACCAUCAAGCUCACCCGGCUUCUCGGGUUUCGAUAUCUUUGGGUUGACGCCCUCUGCAUUGUACAAUCUCACCCUGGAGACAACUACCAAGACGACUUCAAAGCUGAAGCGCCCAAGAUGGGCGCGUACUAUACCAACGCGGUAUGCCUGAUCUCGGCGCUCGGCGCCUCGGACAGCAGCACGGGAUUAUUUGCUCCCCGUCCAGCACAUCGAUAUCCCACUACCAGCUGUGUUAUCAGCUUCGACAAACGCACCAAUGAAUAUGUUCACCUCCCCGCACCACGGAGAGCUCUGGUCGAUGAAUUCGACGCGGCGCCGCUUCUCAAACGAGGUUGGUGUUUUCAAGAACGACUCCUAGCUCGUCGAACCCUCCACUGGUCUAGAAACGGCGUGUUCUGGAUCUGUGUCGGCGAUAAGGCAGCCAGGUCCGAGUUCUCUAGCCGAUGUGACACUUUUUCAACUGAUCCCAGAAUUUCUAACUCGGGCAUUUUCCACGGCAUUUCCGUUCCGGGGGAAUUAAAACAGCCCUGGAGUCCAUGGAUGCAUUACGUACAAGAGUAUAGUUCUAAAGGCCUCUCAUUCGCGACAGAUCGUCUCGUCGCUGUCCAUGGACUUGGAACCCGGCUUGCAACCCUAGGCGGGGAUGAGUACUUUGGUGGGAUAUUCGGCAGCCAUAUUUCUUGGGGGCUGAUGUGGCAGGCUGAUCCAGAAGACGACGCCCGGAAGAAGUUGGAUUGCUUCCCAAGCUGGUCGUGGGCAUCUUGCCAAUCUGAUCGCGGCGUUACUAUUGCUGACCAGUCUAAACCUUGGGUGGAGUGCGUUAGGUUGGAAGGGUUCCCAGCUUUCCAAAACCCUCUCGACUUUCAAGGUCUUGAAAAGAGGGCGCUCCAUGUUAAUGCUCCGCUUCUGAAAUUCGAGCCUUGCCAGUAUCGGCGAGAUAGCAACAUCUCGUACGAGUUUGAAACCGCAGGGGUACGGUUCAGCGCCUUUUUCACUUAUGAUGCACCGGAACUGGAACCGACUGAUCAUAGUGAUCUUUUUAUUCUCCUCAUUCUUCUCGGAAGUGAUCAGAAGGGUAUCUUACUUCGUGCCAAAGGGAGUAUGUAUGAGCGUGUCGGCUAUACUUCACUUUUUUACAUGGCUGGAUUCAAGGGAUUUCAAGAACUGAGCUUUUGGGAUAACUUCCAGGUCAGUGUAGAGAUUGUAUGA